GACGUCAUGACGUGACCAUGCAGCCUGGCACUGUGAGUCUUUAAUAACAAGAUUUUGGACCUAAUGGUUUUAGAAGGUUGGGACUGAAGCUGCCGUCUGUUAGCAACCACACCUGUGGAGAAGAACCAUGUGGGUCACCUGCUGCGUCCUAAUGGCGUUGUUGCCGCUCACCUCUGCCCAGACGUACCACUGGGGAGCCUGUCCUACGCCCAAAGUGCAACCCAACUUUGACCUCAAGCAGUAUCUAGGGAAGUGGUACGAGAUCGCCAAGCUGCCCGCUAACUUCGAGAAAGGAAAGUGCAUUGAGGCCAAUUACGCCAUGCGGCGAGACGGAACCAUCCGGGUGUUCAACUCCCAGUUCUAUAAAGACAAGGUGAGGACAGCAGAGGGGACCGCAGUGGUGUACGACCAGAGAGAACCGGCCAAAAUAGGCGUCAGCUUCUCUUACUUCACCCCCUACAGUCCAUACUGGAUCUUGACCACCGACUACACUAGCCUGGCCGUAGUCUACUCGUGCACGGACAUCCUGCGUCUGUUCCGCGUGGAGUUCGCCUGGAUCCUGGGACGCUCGCGCUUCCUUCCGCCAGACACGGUGCACUAUGCCCAGGAUAUUCUGAUGGGCGAGGGCGUGAACCUGUAUAAAAUGUCCUCCACCGACCAGACGGGCUGCAAAGACGACUAGAUAGGAAUGGGCCACCAUGCUAACUAUAGAAUGACUUCAUUACUUAAUUUUGCCAAACUGACUGAUUGUUUUGUUAACAUCGUUAUCUAACCAAACACUAGCAUGUACUUCAAUCUUCGAAUUGUGAGGUUUAUUUAAAAUGUUAAGGAAAAACCUGUCUUAGUGAUCAGAUUGGAUCAUUUCAUGAAAAAUACACUUAUUUUUUCUAUGUUUUUCAUGUAAGCUGCUCUGCUCUAUUUGGUAUAUAUGCAACAUUUUGUACCUGAUAUCACUUUUGAAAUAAAUAUUAUCCUUGUGAUUGGGAGAAAAAAA